CUCCUGCACAUACAUAUAUAUAUAUAUAUAAACACACGCAUAUAUAUAUAGGGGAUGGCCAGAGCAUCUCUCAUAGUUCAGUUACUUGCAACGUCAGCUGAAGGCAAGAGGAAGCACUAGAGAGAGCCCCCCGUUCAGCGAGUCUCUGAUGUUUAUGGACUUGACUCACUAGAAAUCUCCAGGAGAUGAUGGCAGGAAUGAAAAUCCAGCUGGUGUGCAUGAUGCUCCUGGCUUUCAGCUCCUGGAGUCUGUGCUCAGAUUCAGAAGAGGAAAUGAAAGCGUUGGAAGCAGAUUUAUUGACCAAUAUGCGUACAUCAAAGACCAGUAAGGCAAGUGUUCCCGCUUGGAAAAUGACAUUGCUAAGUGUGUGCAGUCUUAUAAAUAACCUGAACAGCCCAGAUGAGGAAGCAGGAGAGUUUCGUGAAGAAGAGCUUAUUACAAGAAGGAAAUUUCCUGCUGCCUUGGAUGGCUUUAGCUUGGAAGCAAUGCUGACAAUAUACCAGAUCCGAACUAUCUGUCGCAGCAGGGCGUUUCAACACUGGGAGUUAAUUCAGGAAGAUGUUCUUGAUGGAAAUGACAAAAAUGAAAAAGAAGAAGUAAUAAAGAGAAAAAUUCCUUACAUUCUGAAACGCCAGCUGUAUGAGAAUAAACCCAGAAGGCCCUACAUACUCAAAAGAGGUUCUUACUACUACUGAGAGGCUAUGUGAUUGUGACUUAUCAUUCUUUAAUUAAAUAUCAAAUUAUCCUUGUGUGGAAAUGUGUCAGAAUACAAUUAUUUUGUCUGCUCUACAAUUGUGGUUUAUUGGAUGUGAUUUUUCUGCAUUAAUAUAAAUUGGAUUAAAUGUUUUCAAAUAAAUCUAGAUCUUGAGCAUGAUGUGUUGUGUAUAAUUGGAUUAGAUAUUAAGUCACAUAUAGAAUGUUUUGUAAUUUUGUAAAGCACUUAAUGGGUUGUUUAAACAGUCAAAAUGUUUGACAUUUUAAACCAAAUUGUAAGAGAUUUUAACAGGGUCCUAUGGCAAAGUCUAGCCUACAUAUCAUUAGCCCCAAACAAAGUAAUAGAACUUCUUUUAUUAUUUUGCUGAACAUUUUUUUUUUAAUUGAGAGAAAUACAUGCUCUUUUCUAGACUCACUCCUGAAUCUCUCAGAUAUGGGAAGGUAGAAGUGAAUAGGAUAAUCUUAAAAGAAUAAUUAAUGAACUAUUGCUAAUUAUGCCUAUCUUAAUGUAUGAUUUUCAACUGAAUUUGUUUUUCUGUUAAAUGAACUUAAUGGUUAA